UGUGGAAUGUUGUAGAGACCGUCCGCAAGAAGGCCUCUUACCUUCCAUGUCUCCAGCUCUUUCCUGGCCUCCUCCAACCCGCUGGCGUCCUCUUUCAGACCGUCCGCCUGACAACGUGGAACAUUGUGUUUAGCAUCUACCACCGACAGGGAGAAGAGGCCGACCAGCCAUUGAUGUUACCAGAGAACACAUUUUAUUUCUGCUGAAGCAAGGCCAUACAAUUGGAAAAACUGCUGAAAUACUGGGAUGCUCUUCGUCAUUUUUGUACAAGAAGUAAAAGUUGAUGGGUAUACCUGUUAGAAGUAUGCUAUCUGCAAUAGAUGAUGGUGAACUAGAACAACAUGUGAGGCAACUUCAGAGCCAAUAUCCUAAUUCGGGAAAUUAGAUGAUAAGAGCCCUGUUGCGCGCACAAGGUGUGCUUGUUACACGGCCCAGGGUGCGUGAGAUGUUGACACGGGUGAAUCCUACUGCUGCUGCAAGGAGAUGGAGCCAGACAGUUGCAAGACGUGUUUAUCAUGUACCUUACCCCAAUAGUUUGUGGCGCAUUGACGGGAACAUGCGUCUCAUAAGAUGGGGCUUUGUGAUUCAUGGUGAAAUUGAUGGAUACACCCGUCUGAUUACUUACUUCAACUGCAGCACAGAUAAUCGUGCCACAACAGUGCUUUCUCAGUUUUUGAAAGCAACAUGCCUCUACGCCCUACCGUCAAGAGUCAGAUCUGACCAUGGUGGUGAAAACAUCCUUGUGGCUUUAUUCAUUUAUCUAGUUCAAGGACUUGAACACAGAGGUUUCAUUACUGGACAAUCAGUUCACAAUCAGAGAAUUGAACGCCUUUGGCGUGAUGUAUUUUUGCAUGUGUUACAGCACUUUUAUCUUAUGUUCUACUCCUUAGAGGAUUCAGAGGUUUUAAAUCCAGAUGAUGAUGUCCACAGACUAUCACUGCAUAUUGUUUAUCUUCCUGAGAUUCAAAAAAGACUGGAGCAGUUUAGACAGGCCUGGAACCUCCAUCCAUUGCGAACAGAAACUAAUAACACACCAACUCAACUCUGGACAGGGGGCAUGCUCAAAAACAUUGCAACAGACGGCACAGCUGUCAACAAUGUGUUUGGGGAAAAUCCCUACAGCAACCAAAACAUUGAUGCCAUCCUUGCACAGUAUGGAAUUCAAACACUGCCUACACUUGAUGAUGAGGAGUUCCCAGCUGUUAAUGUAGAGCCACCUCAACUCCUCCUCACUCAGCAACAACAGAUAUCUGUACACAACGCAAUCCAACACAUAUCUGAUCUAAAGUUAAAAUGUCAGACUUGCUGUACUGCAAUUGUCAGUAUUUUGCAAACUCAGGUAUAGUCCAAUUCCAAGCCCAGAGACAAGUUUGUUGGCUACAUAUAUUAUCAAGAACAGAAAGACAUUCAUAGACAGCUACCAGCAUCUUGUAACAGCUACAAGUAAUAUUUGUUGUUAAUAUAAGAUAAUAUGUACUGCAGCUGACGGCGCUGCCAGGUGUGCUACAAUUGUGGGUGCCAGUAACUAACAGCACUGUUGGUGUUGUGUAUUUUUUGUAUUAUUAGCUGACCCAUUGUAU